UAUGGUUUGAUUAUUGACACAACAGAAGAAGCGUUGAAUAAAUAUGGUGUCACGCCAUAAAGCCUUCUUCCUCCUUUGUAGUUACCAUAGGCAUUUUCUGAACUCAAGAAGGCAAAAUGACUAGCCAGUCUCAGGGAAUACAGCAACUUCUCCAGGCAGAAAAACGGGCCAAAGAUAAGCUUGAAGAAGCCAAAAAAAGAAAAGGAAAGAGACUGAAGCAGGCCAAGGAAGAAGCCAUAGCAGAGAUAGACCACUACAGGCUCCAGAGGGAAAAAGAUUUCAGACGGAAGCAUUCCAAAAUAAUGGGCUCUCAUGAUAAUCUAUCAACAAAAAUAGAUGAAGAAACUGCAGCAAAGAUCCAAGGCCUCACUAAUAAUUAUCACAAGAACAUGGAGAAUGUGCUUGGUCAUCUGUUAGGCAAAGUGUACGACAUCAAUCCCGAUAUCCAUCCAAAUUAUACAUACACAAUUUAAAUCCCCUAUGGAAAUGUUUUAAAAGAAGCAGUUCUUGCAGAAUGAGACAGCCUAACGAAGAUGGCAGAUUGGGAACUAUCAUUUUACAUUAGCUUAUUACCAAUUAUAUUUUUAUGACCAGCCAGGACCGAACAGAAUCCAUUUGGAUUUUCUGUUUCCAACAGCCAAAUUAUUACACAUAAUUUUACUACAGGUUUUUUUAAAUUAUUAUUGCUUUCUUCAUUCCAGCUGGAUAUAUAAUAUAAUCUCAAAGCUGAAACAUAUUCUUGAGCAUAAUAUUUGUAAUAUGGCCAGCUUUUAUAGGCAACUCUCUGGCAACAUAGAUUUCUACCCUCACCUUUUUUUUCUUUUUUUGUAGCAAAGAUUGUAUCACUUAAAUAUGGGCAAAAGCAGAAAAAAGAAUUGCUUGACACCAGCAGCUUUUAAGUGGGUGUCUUUUUUUUCUUCUGGUGUUCUCUACUGCUUGGAGAGUAUUUUGUCAUAUGGCUUGUUGUAGGAAAUCUGUUUGUCUCAAUAUGUGGAGUUUUAAAAUAACUAAGUAUACAAUAAAUAUUAUAUAUUAUUAGACUUAACAUUAACCAUGUGUCUCUAGGUUGGUACAUAUGGGGAAACUACAGUCACAUUUAUUGGAUGCCUUUACAUAUCAGACGUACAGUAAUUGCCCCAAGUUAUGCUGGAAUUAGAAGUUCUGUCUGUGAGUUGGCAUUUGGCCAAAAUAAUCCUCUCUCUCAUUCAUUGUGUCAAAACCAGCAAAGAUAGUUAUGUGACACCUCUGAAAUAAGUAAGAGUCCUAUUCAUGGGAUAGAUUAAAGGUUGACUCCAAUUCACAAGAAGUGGGAAGCAGUUCCAUCUCUAAGUCUAACUAAUGGCAUAACUGAAGAGUGGUUCUCCGUAGAUUCUGCGUGGCUGUUGCUGAAGAUCAGUUCCUCAGUGAUGAUACAGUCAGUGGAGGGAUUCAAAUAUCUGAACAACCGGUUCUCUUAU